UACAUAUGGUGUCGUCAAAGAGUAGAUACCAACCCCUUUUUGUCCAGUUGCACAAUAAGUGGUCACCUCUGGUCAAGCUUUAGCAUGCUGACAUCAACGUGAACAUGGACAGUUAAGUUGCUGUAGCCACUGAUGGUAUAUCGAAUGUUUUUCAGAGGCGACAGUCUGUCAGCCAGCCAGGACGGUGUGAAGAGCAGUGUCUCUAGAUACCGUGGUUCAGAAGUUCUUUUCGACAUUCUGCCCUCUGACCAGCCUGGCACCCCACCACUGCACAAUGAUGCCUUCACUGCUGCAGAUGUACUUGAAGAAGGAGGUGGAUAUGACGCUGAUGGAGGCCUCUCUGAAAAUACUUAUGGUUGGAAGUCGCUGGGGCAAGAGUUGAGAAUCAAUGAUGUGACUACUGAUAAAACCACUUUUCAGCAUGGAAACCGUGCUUUAGCUACAAAGGACAUGAGGAAAUCACAGGACCGACCGUUGGCUCACUCUGAGGAGUCUCGUCUGGCCAAUCUUCUGCGGAGAGCGUCACGGGAAGAUGACCGGGAACGCAGACUGGCCACUAUGAAACAAAUGAGGGAGUUCAUUGUGCACUCUGAAAAUAAAGUGGUCCUAGUGAAACAGUUGGAUUCCAUUUUGAGCACCCUGAAUGACAUUUUGAACGAGAGUAGUAAGCUCCUGCAGGAGCUCAGGCAGGAGGCCGCGUGCUGCCUGGGAUUGCUCUGUGCCGCCCUCAGUUAUGAAGCCGAGCGGAUCUUCAAGUGGAUGUUCCUCAAGUUCAGUGUGUCCACAAAGGAUGAGGUGAAGCUUCUGUACCUGGUGGCAGUGCACAAGGCACUUGAAACGGCAGGGGAGAAGAAGGCUUUUUCAUCUGUAAUGCAGUUGGUGAUGAGCAGCCUUCAGUCUAUCUUGGAGAACUUGGACACGCCAGAGCUGUUGUGCCAAAGUGUAAAAUGUAUUUUACUGUUGGCCCGGUGUUAUCCACACGUAUUCAGCACCAACUUCAGAGACACAGUGGAUAUCUUAGUAGGUUGGCAUAUAGACCACACACAGAAACAGUCUCUUACUCAACAAGUGUCUGGCUGGUUACAGAGUCUGGAGCAGUUUUGGGUCGCAGAUUUGGCCUUUUCAACUACAUUAUUGGGUCAGUUUUUGGAAGACAUGGAGGCGUAUGCUGAGGAUUUGAGUCAUGUUGUAUCUGGGGAAUCAGGAGACGAGGACAUUCCCCCUCUCGCAGUAUCCCUGCCAAAACUGGCAGCCCUGUUGAGAGUUUUUAGCACAGUUGUGCACAGCAUCGGAGAACGAUUCAACCCUAUCAGAGGGCCUCCGAUCACAGCAGCAUAUGUCACUGAUGUUUUGAACCGUGUUUUAGCCUGUGUCACCACAGCCAAGCAGGUGUUCUUCUCGGAGGCAGUGCUGACAGCAGGAAAUGAGUGUGUGUGUGUCCUGCUGGUCAGCAUGGACUUGGGCAACCAGCUGAUUGAUGCUGUAAUCUCUUAUGGCCUAGACCAGCUGGACAGCUGCCAGUGCUGUGGACCAGAAUACAGCAUGUCCGUCCUCACCCUGCUUACACUGAUUGUUGACCAGAUAAACACCAACAUCCCGGCUGCUUUUGUGGAGAAGUUGCUGGCCCCAAAUUCCCAACUCUUGGAGCUGCGUUUCCACAGAAAAAGAGAGGUGAUGGCAGCUGCACAUGGAGUGUAUCAUGCUGUGCUGAGCCUAAAGAACAUCCCUACCCUGGAGGCAGCUUAUAAACUGGUCUUGGGCGAGAUGGGCUGUGCGCUGAACAGUUUGCUCAGCCCUCUGGGUUUGCCUGCUGCCUGUCCUAACAUACAACAUCCUGCCUUUAGCCAGCUGCAGUUCAGCCCAGAGAGAGCAGAGUUUAUCCUUAUCUUCGACUUCAGUGCUCUCACCACCAUUGGCAACACCAAGAACUCCCUCAUCGGGAUGUGGGCUUUGUCCCCUACUGUGUUUGCCCUGCUCAGUCAGAAUCUGGUUGUAGUUCACUCUGAUUUGGCAGUUCAUCACCCUGCUGUCCAGUAUGCAGUGCUCUACACUCUCUAUUCUCACUGCACCAGACAUGAUCACUUUAUCUCAAGCAGCCUGAGCUCUUCGUCUCCAUCCCUUUUUGACGGUGCUGUCAUCAGCACAGUUACCACGGCAUGUAACAGUCUUCAGGUCGUGUCAUCUUCCUUGACCACAGAGCUUCUCCAGAGGCGGCUGUUACUCACCUGGUCAUUAGAGGUGUCUCUGAUGAUGAAGAAAUCUGAAACCUACUGCCCUCUGUUCUCACUCCCAUCCUUCCUCAAAUUCUGCAAAGGCUUACUGGCAAAUUCCUUGAAUGAAGACCCCACCAUAUGUCUGCAGGCAUGUAACAGUCUUCAGGUCGUGUCAUCUUCCUUGACCACAGAGCUUCUCCAGAGGUGCGUGGACGUUUGUCGAGUUCAGCUGGUCCACUCAGCAGUCCGAGUCCGGCAGGCCUUUGGGAAAUUGCUGAGAUCUGUUCCCAUGCACGUUGCAUUGAGUGCCCGUGGUCACUCUGAGAUUAAGGAGAUUUCUCUGGCCAUCCGCCGACACAUGAGCAAAGUACCUAUCAACACAUUCCACCCACAGGACUUUUCUGACCUCAUUGGGUUUAUUCUGUAUGGAACUGUCCACCGUGGGGGUAAGGAACCCUGGUUGGAGCGGCUGUACCACAGCUGUCAGCGGCUGGAGAAGAAAGACUCAGCCAUGGUGCCCCGUGCCCUACUGAAGACUGAGGCGGUGCUGUGGCAGUGGGCGGUUUGGGAGGCCGCUCAGUUCACUGUUCUCUCUAAACUCCGGACCCCUCUGGGACGAGCCCAGGAUACUUUCCAGACCAUAGAGGUUAUUGGGCCAGAAAUGGAGGUGCCAAUCACCAUGUUAGUGGAGGCGAUGUGUGAGCUGCGAUGCCCUGAAGCUAUACAAGGUCUGGCAGCCUGGAGUCUGGCCAACAGUGGCAAGAGCCUGGGCUGGCUGGGAUCAGUGGUGCUGCAGGCUGAGGGAAAGUUUGAGAAGGCAGCGUUAGAGUACCAAGAGCAGCUGUGUGCCGUCACAGGGAUGGACUGCUCUAUUAAAGGCUUUGAUCGCUCCCUGUUAAAACUCACUGGCUCCAACACCUCCAGCCCAAAACACACCAGCAGUGGAGAUGGAAGGAAAACGGUGUUGUUGAAGUCCAGUGAGUGUUCUCCAGAAGUGCUCAACUUCCUGGCUAAUAAGGCCUGUGAGUGUUAUGUGGCCCUGAGCGACUGGGAGUCCGUGCAGGAGUGGCAGGCCAGCAUGAUGAACCUCAAAAAGAACAGCAGCAGUUCCAGUGUCAACCUCAAGACAGACUUUAACUACAUCAGAGCUCUGAGUAGUUUUGAGGAGGGGGAUUUCGCAGAGUGCCGUGUCCAGUUGGAGUUGCUCCCUGGGGAGGAUUAUGGCCUUCUUAACUCUUCAACUAAGGACAAGAUUGACCUGAAGAGGCUUCUUCCUGCUGUGUUGAGCCCAGACCCAUCAGAGCUCCAGAAGGCCAUUGAGGUACAGCUCCUCAGAAGUGCUGUGGGAGCCAUCACUGCGACCAAUCACGAACAGGACCAGAAGGUUCUCGCAUCAUCUGACACCCUGGUGAAGUACCUGAAACAGACGGGCCGCAUCUCUCUGGGUCCCCUGCGUCUCUCCACUCUCACUCUGUCUGACUCCUUGCACACUCUCAGCACCCUGCAGCUGCACUGUGCCAACUCUCUAGAAAACUCGCUCUGCAACCAGCACCCGGAGGACUGCUUAAUUCCGCUCUUCAGUGAAGCUUUGACCACCUGCAAGCAGCAGGAUGUUCAGCCAUGGCUACAUGCUCUCCGAUACACCACUUUCCAGCGGCAGCUCUUCCAAAAACUCAAAGGAUCGUCUGCUCCAGUGGACUCUCACCUGAUGGAGCUUUGUCUGACUGCGGUGAAAUUUGCUCGUAAGCAAGGAAACAUCGCCCUGGCCACGCGUCUGCUGAGUCUGUGCAACAAGCCAUCAGUGAGCGACUCUGAAGGUCAGGACCUGGUGCAAAGCUUCAGGCAGCUGUCACUAGAAGGCACUGUUGGGGAGAAGUGGGGACCAGAGCUGGAGAUCGAGAAGGCUAAAGUUCUGUUUGCUGCUGGUCAGUCCGUAUCUGCUAUGGAAAUGCUGAGCUCCUGUGCGCUGUCGUACUGUCACUCUGGAAAGUGUGAGCGUGCAGCCUGUCGCUCUGUGCUUACUCUGUGCAAAUGGCUUUUGGCCGACUGGAAAGAUCUGACUCCACAACUCAAAAUGGUGGUGAAGAGGAACUCUGGUUCUACCAGCCUCUCAGCUCUCUCCAAAAACAUCUCUGGCCUGUUGGAGCUGCCGCUGGAAGAUCAGGGAAUGCCACAUAUUACAACAGAGACUACAGUCAGUGUUGGUGUUGGGGAGCCAGACUUCGUCCUUGGGCAGCUGUACCAACUCUCAACUACUCAGGCUCCUGAAGUGGCCAAAUCAUGGGCUGCUCUGGCCAGCUGGGCGUACAGAUGGGGCAGAAAGGUUGUGGACAAUGCCAGUCAAGGAGAAGGGGUUCCGUUGCUCCUUGGAGAGAAGAAAGAAAUUGAGGACUUGCUCCCAGCAGGCACCAGUGAUGAGGACAAGGAAAUCAUUUUCGGCAUUUUGGGUCAAGCCAUGUGUCGUCCAGCUGGAAUUCAGGAUGAGGACAUGGCCUUGCAGAAUGAAGAGGAUGAGGAGGACGACAUGGUGGAUGUGAUCGGCCGACAGCUGUUGAGUGCCUGCCCGUGGCUGUCUGAGGUGGAGGACACUGUGACCGAUGGGCUGAUUGGGGUGUGGAGGAGAGUGGUUGACCGAAUCUUCAGCCUGUACCGGGUCUCCUGCAGAGCGUACUUCACCUUCCUUAAACUCAACGCUGGGCAGGUGCCCAUAGAUGAAGACGACCCCAAGCUGCUCCUGAACAACCAGAGCAGCAAACAGAGCAGCGAUGAUGUCAUUGUCAUGGCAACCCUCCGUCUGCUGCGCUUGCUUGUGAAGCAUGCUGGGGAAUUAAGAGAGGGUCUGGAACACGGCCUGGCAUCCACCCCCACUGCACCCUGGAGAGGUAUCAUCCCUCAGUUAUUCUCCAGACUAAAUCACCCUGAGGCUUACAUCCGCCAGAGCAUCUGCAGCCUGCUGUGCAGAGUCGCCCAAGAUUCACCCCACCUUAUCCUCUACCCUGCCAUUGUUGGAUCUAUAUCUCUUGGUGGAGAGGCUCAGGCUGCAGGUAAUAAGCUGCCGUCGUCCCUGCCAACCCUUCUUGGGAACAUGCAGGGAGAGGCUCUUUGUGGGGGUGAGAGCGAGACGGGCAGCGGGCCGACUUCUCAAGAGAACAGCCGUGGGGAAGAGAUGAUGUAUUCUAGUGAAGACCAAGCCAUGAUGCAGGACUGCUACAGCAAGAUUGUAGACAAGCUCUCUUCUGCCAACCCCACCAUGGUGCUACAGGUGCAAUUGUUGGUGGGCGAGCUGAGGAGGGUCACUCUGCUCUGGGACGAGCUCUGGCUGGGGGUCUUGCAGCAGCAACACAUGCACGUUCUGCGCAGGAUUCAACAGCUGGAGGACGAGGUGAAAAGAGUUCAGAACAACAACACUCUGCGCAAGGAUGAGAAGGUGGCUAUUAUGAGAGAGAAGCACUCUGCUCUGAUGAAGCCUGUGGUUUUUGCACUGGAUCACGUACGCAGCAUCACGGCUGCUCCGGCGGAGACUCCUCACGAGGCGUGGUUUCAGGAGACGUAUGGGGAGGCCAUCCACAACGCUAUAGAGAGACUGAGGAGCCCUCUUAAUCCAGCCAAUCCUGCCAGCAGCUGGGUGCCCUUCAAACAAAUCAUGCUGAGCUUGCAGCAAAGGGCACAAAAACGGGCUAGUUACCUCCUGCAGCUAGAUGAGAUCAGCCCCCGUCUGACUGCCAUGACCAACACAGAGAUGGCGCUGCCAGGGGAGGUGUCUGCUACAGAUGCAGUCACCAUCCAGAGCGUAGGCAAUACCAUCACCAUCCUGCCGACUAAAACCAAACCCAAGAAGCUCUACUUUCUAGGCUCUGAUGGCAGAAAUUAUCCUCACCUAUUCAAAGGAUUGGAGGACUUGCAUUUGGAUGAGAGGAUCAUGCAGUUCUUGUCUAUCGUCAACACCAUGUUCACUAAAGUGAAUCAACAGGAGAGUCCAAGGUUUCACGCCCGUCAUUAUUCUGUCACACCGCUGGGCACCAGAUCAGGCCUCAUCCAGUGGGUGGAUGGAGCCACUCCACUAUUUGGUCUGUACAAACGCUGGCAGCAGCGUGAGGCUGUGGUCCAAGCCCAGAAGGCACAGGACUCCUUCCAGCAACCUCAGAAUCUUCCCAUGGUUCCACGGCCCAGUGAGCUCUAUUACAGUAAGAUCAGUCCUGCCUUAAAGGCUGUCGGACUCAGUUUGGAUGUGUCACGCCGUGACUGGCCGUUGAGUGUCAUGAGAGACGUUCUCCGAGAGCUGAUGGAGGCUACACCCCCUAACCUCUUGGCGAAGGAGCUCUGGUGCUCCUGUACCACCCCCAGUGAGUGGUGGAGCGUGACUCAGUCUUAUGCCAGAUCCACUGCUGUAAUGUCAAUGGUGGGAUACAUCAUUGGAUUAGGAGAUCGUCAUCUUGACAAUGUGCUUAUUGAUAUGACGACUGGUGAGGUGGUACACAUUGACUACAACGUCUGUUUUGAGAAGGGAAAAAGCUUGAGAGUACCAGAGAAGGUUCCUUUCCGUAUGACACACAAUAUUGAGACCGCUUUGGGGGUCACAGGGGUGGAGGGCAUCUUUAGAUUGUCCUGUGAACAGGUCAUCCAGAUAAUGCGCCGUGGUAGAGAGACCCUCUUGACUCUUUUGGAGGCGUUUGUCUAUGACCCUCUGGUGGACUGGACAGCAGGUGGCGAGGUGGGCUUUGCAGGGGCUGUGUAUGGAGGUGGUGGUCAGCAAGCAGAGAACAAGCAGAGCAAGAGAGAGAUGGAGCGAGACAUCACACGUAGCCUCUUCUCCUCCCGUGUGGCUGAGAUUAAGGUGAACUGGUUCAAGAACCGUGAUGAGAUGAUUGGAGUGCUGCCGCAGGUGGAGGAGACAGUGGAUGAGUACCUAAACCUGCAGGAGCAGCUCACACAAGUGGAGAAAGUGCAGGGCAAGCUGCUGGAGGAGAUGGAGUUCCUGGAGGGAGCCGACACCAGAGCAGAUCAUCCCAUCCACUCCCUGGAGCACAGAUUCUCCGAGCACACUCAGUUGCAGUCCAGGCAGAGAACUGUACAGGAUGCUAUACAGGGGAAGUUGUCAGAUCUGGAUCAGUGCAUCUCUCAGUAUCAUGCUGCCUUUGCCAGUCUAGAGGCCACCCAGCUUGCCAGUCUCCUCCAGGAGAUCAGUAGCCCUAUUGAUUUAGGUCCACCUAGCUACGUCCCAGCAACAUCUUUCUUGCAGAAUGCAGGCCAGGCACAUCUAAUUAGCCAGUGUGAGGCACUGGAGGCAGAGGUGAGCGCUUUGUUACAGCAGAGGCGCUCUCAGCUGCGUGGCUGUCUCGAGCACCUGCACAGCUAUGCCACAGUGGCCUUGCUGUACCCCCGUGCGGUGCUGCUCAGGCACAGAGUUCACACGUGGAAACAGUGGAUGGAGGAGCUGGUGUGUGACAUGACCGUCGAUCACUGCCAGACCGUCUAUCACCAGUAUGAAAUGCAGUUUGCACCCCAGCCCCCUCCUGCCACAUGUCAGUUCCUAUCUAGCAUCGAGAUGGCGCUGCAGCACCACGCAGCAGAAACCAACACUCGGCUGCUGCGGCAGGUAGAGCGUCUGAAGGCAGAGGGUGCUGGUGUGCCCGUUUGUGAGGAGCAGCUGCAGGAGAUCGAGCGCUGCAUCAAAGUCUUCCUGCUCGAGGACACCGAGCUCGGGUCCUUCAGCCUGGCCGGCAUCAUCGUCUCUGCCCUCUGUGCCCUCACCAGGCGUAACCUGGUGAUGGAGGGAGCUGCAGCCAGUGCCGGAGAGCAGCUGGUGGAGCUGACGUCCCGUGAUGGUGCCUGGUUCCUGGAAGAGCUCUGCAGUAUGAGUGGAAACAUCACGUGCCUUGUGCAGCUAUUGCAGCAGUGUCAGCUUCUGUCACAUGACCUGGACAUCCUCAGCCUUGCAGAGACUUCGCAAGUUGUCUACCUGGCCAAUGGCGUCUACACCUGCCUUCAGGAGCUCAACACAAACUUCCGGCAGAUCAUCUUCCCAGAGGCUCUGCGCUGCAUGCUGAAGGGAGAAAAUACAUUAGAGGCCAUGCUAGUGGAGCUGGACGCACUUAUCGAUCAGUGCGCAGAUGGGGUUUCGCUGCAGGGACUGGGGGAGGUUCUGCAGGCUCAUCUUCGUAACACCGCCAUGGGCCUGGAGGAGGAUCCAGAUGACCACUAUCUGGAUAUCACCAGGGUUCUGCGAGCCCAGUACUCAGAACUGAUCCAGCCGCGCAGCAUGGAGAGCUCCGUGCAGGAAACACCCAAGAUGAGUGCCGGUCAGAUGUUGUUGGUAGCUUUUGAUGGCAUGUUUGCACAGCUGGAGACUGCUUUUGGACUUCUGAUUGACAAGCUGAACUCUAUGGAUGUGCCUGCUGCCUGGAGAAAGGUGGAUGUGAUCCGGGAGUCCAGAGCUACACAGGUCCAUUUCUUUGAUAAUGUGCAGACCAGGCAGGUCUUGGAGGAAAUUUUCUUCCUGAAGAGACUCCAGACCAUCCGAGACUUCUUCCGUCUGUGCGGAUCAUUUGCACAGACGCUAUCUGGAACAUGUGCUACACCUACUGAUGAGCCUCCACCCUCAAAUGGCCCAGUACCCAUAGUGAAACCCAUGUACAGAGGCUCCACUGUAGUGACCGAAGACCAGAUGAUGCGGCCCAUCAAAGCCUUCACGGCAGAUUUUGUGAGGCAGAUGCUAAUGGGGCUCCCCACCCAGGCUCUGGGCCUGGCCAUCUGCAGCGCUCUCAGUGCCCUCGGCAUGGAUCUCAUUGCCCAGGUGGAGGCCAAGGACUUUGGCGCUGAGGGGAAGGUUUCUCUGGAUGACCUGUGCAAGAAAGCAAUAGAGCAAGGGGUGCAGGCAGGACGGAUAUCCCAACUGCUGCUCAACAGGGCUACAGUGCUUGCCAGCUCCUACGACACGGCUUGGAAAAAACUGGACCUGGUACGACGUCUGGAAGUCAGCAUUGAAGCCUGUAAGGUCAGCCUGCAGAGGACUCAGCUUCACAUCGCCAUGUUCCAGUGGCAGCAUGAGGACAUUCUCGGUGCGAGGACUCAGCCCAUGACGGUCAGUCCCCCACCUCGCUCCAUCAUCCUGAGCAACAUGAAGAAGAAGCUCUACAAACUCAGUCAGGACGAAGCUUCUAUUGGCAGCGUCCAGGAGAAGUUGGCAAGUCUAGAGGGCAGCAUAGAGCAAAGGCUGAAGUGGGCCGGUGGCGCAAACCCUGCACUCGCCCCAGUGCUGCAGGACUUUGAGGCCACUAUAGCAGAACGCCGUGCCUUGGUGAUGAAGGAGAGUCAGCGUGCCAACCAGGUUACUUUUCUCUGCAGCACCAUUCUCAACUUCGAAGGUCUGCGUACCCGCACUCCAGAAGCCUUGAACAUGGAUGCUACACUUUUUGAACUUGUGAAACGAUGCCAGGCCACCUGCUCAUAUGCUGCCCAGUUUAGCACCUCCGUUUCCUCUCUGGAACUUCAGCUGCUGCAUAGACUGAGUGCUGCCAUGGAUCUGUCCAUUGGUGGGCCUGAGUGGCUUGUGUACGCACAGAAUCACCUCACCCAGGAGAUGUCCAGUCAGAGAGCCAUGCAGGAGGAAAGAGAGCAGCAGCUGGAGAGAGUGACCGAAACCCUGCAGCUGCUGGUAGACUCCAUUAAAGGCAUCCUGUCCAAUCACAACCGCCAACUUGCUGAUGUUAAGCACCUCCUGCGUGCCAUGGCAAAGGAUGAGGAAAAUGCCCUUGCGGAGGGAGAGGAAGUGACUUAUGAGGGUAGUGUGCGUCAGUUCCUGUCAGAAUACAAAGCAUGGCAGGAUAAUGUGCAGAUAGUGCUUUUCACAGUAGUGCAAGCUACAGGUCAACCACGCAGCCAAGAGCAGGUUGAGCUACUGCAAGAAAUCCCUGCCACCCUGAAGGAGCUAAAGCUUCAGAGCCAGAGCAUCUACAAUGGCUUGGUGAGCUUCGCCUCUCCUCUUGUCACUGAGAGAGGAAGUGACUGUGCAAGUCCCACAUCCACAGUCCAGACCAGCUUUGCUGCUGCAGUGCGCUGCAGUGGAGUGAAGACCCAGCCUGACAGCAUGUCUCAGAAUGCCCGCAAAGCUCUUCCUCGAAACUUUGGGACUCCGGUGGACACUCCCCCCAGCACUCUGAUGAUCAACAGUAAAGGACUGGCCCCAAGCCCCAAAAGAGCCGUGCGGGAUCCCAAAACUGGAAGAGCUGUGCAAGAGAGGAAUUCCUACGCUGUUAGUGUGUGGAAGAGGGUGAAGGCCAAACUGGAAGGGAGAGAUGUGGACCCUAACAGGAGAAUGAGUGUCACUGAGCAGGUGGAUUAUGUCAUCAAAGAGGCGACAAACUUGGACAACCUGGCACAGUUGUACGAGGGAUGGACAGCAUGGGUGUGAACGGGAUCCUUGUAGAUCACUUUGGUCCAGCGAGGGUAGAAAUCCACCAAAAUCCACUGGGUCUGGGGCAAUGAAGCCACAGAGCACCAUGCAGGAAAGGGGAGGGGGGGUGUAGAGACCCUCCCUCGGACCCACACCGGAUCCCCGUAGCACAGCUACACCCGGCGAUCCAGCUAAUACAACGAAAUGGGUCUGCAUCUGUCUCCCCGAGAUGUGUGGGGAGCUCACCAAGAUGGGGAGGCGGGGUGGGGGGGUGCAAGGCACACGCGGCUUGAACUACCCCCCCAACCAACCCCUGUAUCAACAACAAAAUAAAUGUCUGUCAACUAUCAAAACAAAUAGGAUUUGCCACAGGGAACAUUUGCAGGAGACAGUUUAUCCACUCUUUGAGCGAAGGUCUGCGGUAAUUAGCGAGUUUCUAGACUACAUUUGUGCGAGAGUGGAGGGAAAGGGUGAUCCGGUCUUGGAGGGAUCCUCUGUUUUUGGAUGGCUUGGGGUCGUCGGGCACGACUUGCGGCUGAGCUGUCUCCUGCUGGAGCGGGUGUGGAGGGCUGUGUGACCAGAAGGCUCAAAGGACUCCAUUGGAAGCCAGAAGGCCUUUGGCAGACCUUAGAGUUCAUUCUUAACCACAAAAAAGACCUUUUCCCCUCAAGUAUAUAUAGGAAAUACUUUUUACACCUUCACCAAUGUACUGCACAGAUUUCUCAAUUAAAAGGCAAAUCGCAAAGUGGCUUUGAGAACAUUCACGGUCACGUGUUUCUGAAUGUUUGGCACAAUGAAUGAUGUGCUUGGAGUUGGCAAGUGCUCAGUCUGAGGUCUCUUUGAUUUGAUCCUCGAGUAUGACCCAGGCUCAAUAUGGUGAGAUGUGCAAAUCAGUUUCUAAAUGCGUUUUUUUCUUUAGUAUGCAUCUCUGAUCUUGUUUGUGUAUUGUAGAUUCUUCCCUUUUUUUUUUUCUUUGCUAUGGAUUUAGUCUAGAUUGCUCCUUUUUUUGACUUGCCUGUGGAAGUGUAUCACCGCUGAUACAUAUCCUCAUUAAAGCUUGCGUUUUACUGAUCUUGACCUAGUUUUACAUUUUUAGUGGGAGAAAUAAGUAAUGGAAUAGUGAUGUGGUGAUGGUUACAAUUGUUGUCUCUUAAUGGUUUUACUCCACUUUGUUGGUCAAAUAAAACUAUAAUUAAA